AUGACAACCCCAACCCCCAUCCUGAUCCUCGACGGCGGCCUCGGCACCUCCCUGCAAGACCACUACUCCCAAACCUUCAGCAGCAGCGCCACCCCCCUCUGGUCCUCCCACCUGAUGAUCUCCUCCCCGGACACCCUCCUCUCCUGCCAACGCGACUUCACCACCACCGCCUCCGUCGACGUCCUCCUCACCGCCACCUACCAAGUCUCUGUUGCCGGGUUCCAGCGCACAAAAACCCCCGCCCACCCCGCCGGUAUCGCCCGCCCGGAGAUCGCGCCCUACCUGCGCACUGCACUGUCGGUCGCCGACCAGGCGGUGCAGGGCACCAAGGCCAAGAUCGCGCUCAGUCUGGGGCCGUACGGCGCGACCAUGAUUCCGGGACAGGAGUAUAGUGGCGAUUAUGAUGAGGGGCACGCAGGGGAGGAGGCGUUGGCGGCGUGGCAUACGGAGCGGUUGGGACUUUUUACGGAGGCGUUUCAGGGACAGGGGCAGGAGCUGAGGGACAGGGUGCAGUAUAUUGCGCUGGAGACGCUGCCCAGACUCGAUGAGGUGAGGGCGGUGCGCAGGGCUGUCACCUCGGCUGGGGAGCAGACACAAGGGAUUCCGUUCUGGGUUGCCUGUGUUUUCCCGAAGGAGGAUGAGGAUGCGCUUCCCGAUGGGAGUAGCGUCGAGCAGGUGGUUGAGGCGGCGUUGCUGCCGGAAGACGGCGCGGCCACGCCCUGGGGCAUCGGGAUCAAUUGUACCAAGGUGCAUAAGUUGCCCCGGUUGGUGGGGUUGUUUGCGCAGGCUGUCGAGAGGUUGAGAGCCGAGGGCAGGAUUGCGGACAGGCCGGCUUUGGUGCUGUAUCCUGAUGGUACCCAGGGCGAGGUGUAUAAUACUACGACACAGACGUGGGAGAAGAAGCUGGAUCUGGGCGAGAAGGCGUAUUCACGACCCUGGGAAGUCCAACUCGCGCAGGUGGUCAACGACACGGUCGCGACCGGCCAGUUCAGCGCCGUGCUGGUCGGCGGCUGCUGCAAGGCUUCAUACAACGAUAUCAAGCGACUGGGCGAGCAGUUCCAGUCCGCGUGA